CUGGUAGUAGUAGUACGGCCAGUACGGCGCUACGGGUCAUAUAUUUGGUGAUGGCAGCGGUGGUAUCCCAAUCGGGAGGCUCGACUCUCACAUCAUCACUUCAUGGCCAACGACCUCGACAAGUACCUCGCGGUGCUCAAGGCCGCCUACGAUUAUACGCCUCAGUCCGACGACGAGAUAGAAAUAAAGGAAGACCAGAUUCUCUUUCUCAAGGAGCGGGUCGACGACGAUUGGUGGAAGGUCAAGGUCAAAGGCACAUCCCAGGACGACGAUAGCCCCGUUGGCCUUGUUCCGGCUGCAUAUGUUGAACAGGCCGACCAUACAUCGGUCGUAAAGGCCGUGUACGACUACACCGCUGCCGCUCCCGGUGAAGUGUCCAUGACAGAAGAUGAGAUUUUGCUCGUGUUUGAUACAGAGGAUGAGUGGCUUCUCGUGCAAAGCAAGACCGGUGACAAGGCCGGAUACGUCCCUGCCAACUAUGUCGAAGCAUGCAGCGAGGAUGCAGAGGAAGAAGAACCUGCGGCACCCCAGCAAAUCAUAGUUCCCCCAUCGCCUCCACGGCCCGUCAGCACAUACGUCGACCCUGCCGACAGAGUUGCAUCGACAAAGGUGACGGCGGACGACAUCCAAACCUGGUCGGUGUCUGAGGUCGAUAAGAAAGGGAAGAAGAUGAAAGGUACUUUGGGCAUCGGGAACGGCGCCGUGUUCUUUGCUAGUGAAACCAGCAAGGCUGCGGUACAGAAGUGGCAAACCGGUCAUAUUGUCAACAUAAGUACAGAAAAGUCCAAACACGUCCACUUCGAUGUGGAAGGGCCGAAUCCAACAAGCCUUCAUUUCAGUGUUGGGUCAAGAGAUAAUACGGAGGCUAUAGUAGCGAAACUUGAAUCUUCCAGAGCUCUUGCUGUAGAACCUCCUCAGGAUCCGGAGGAACCUGAACCCGAACCUGAACCAGUUGUCGAGGAACCGCCCAAGAAGCCUUCGGUGCAUUUUUCGAACCACUCUCCUGUCAUUAUUCCACCGCGCCCAAGUGAACCUUCUGAUGACGAACAAGAAACGGAGGCCCAGGGAUCAGCAGGUGUUGCUUUGUAUGAUUUCACAGCUGCUGGAGACGACGAGCUGUCUGUCAAAGAGGGAGAACAACUCACAAUUGUAGAGAUGGAUGAAGAAGACUGGUGGAAAUGUCGUAAUGCAAAAAACCAAGAAGGCAUGGUUCCAUCAUCAUACUUAGAACUCACCUCAAAGAGUGGCCCAUCCCCGCCACGUUCGCGUUCUCCAGAACCGGAGCCUGGGGAGGAAGAUGAUACAGAAGCUCGUGAGGCAGAGGAGCGUGCCGCUGCUGAGGCUGCUGCUGCUGCUGCCGCCGCCGCGCAGGCAGAAGUACGUGCCAAACGCGAAGAAGAAAAGAAGAAAGAAGAGGCGCGAAGACGAGCUCGAAUAGCAGCAGAGCAGGCUGAUGCGAAACGAAAAGAACGACAGGCAUCUCGUACAGCGUCUACACCACCUCCUUCCAAACCGAGUACUGACAGCUCAAGUAGUUCAAGUAGACCGUCAGCAGACCUGGGUCGUCCCCCUGCAGACCGCGUUCGUGUUUGGCACGACCGGACUGGACAGUUCCGCGUCGACGCUGCUUUCGUGGGCAUGAACAACGGCAAAUUACGAUUACAUAAACUGAAUGGAGUUAUUGUCGAGGUGCCAUCGGAAAAGAUGUCUCACGAGGAUAUGCGCUACGUCGACAAACUGACCAGCAAGAAAUCCAGACCACCAGCCAACCACAAGGUGUCCGAAGACGACAUUCCUAUUGGUGUACAGUAUCCGAAUGCUGCCAACGGCAAAGUAGCGCGUGCGCCUCAAGGACCAAAGAAACCGACAGUUGAUUGGUUCAAGUUCUUCCUGGACGCUGGCUGCGAUAUGGACGAUUGCACUCGUUAUUCUACUUCAUUUGAGCGAGAGAGGAUGGACGAGGCCGUGUUGCUUGAUACGUCUGAAGCAACGUUACGUUCUUUGGGUCUUCGAGAAGGCGAUAUCAUCCGAGUCAUGAAGGCCGUUGAAAAGCGCAAAGGCAAGACUAACGGAGAGGGCGAUCAGGUGCGCAGCGACGAGGAGAUGGCCAAGCAACUUCAUGCAGAGAUUAAUGGUACUAAACCUGCUCCAAAUAUUUUCACUGGACCUGGUGGUGCAUUGAAGACGCAGGUACGACGCGGGAGACCGCAGCCCAGCAAGAGUCUCCCACCUGCUACGGUUGAUCUAAAGUCAAUUGGUAGCGUUGUGGGUAACAUUACGGGAGUGGAACGAACAGCUUCACCACAGCUUCUCAGUCCUGCUUCCGGCACUGCGGUGCAACCUCCUCCGCGGGCAAGUUCGGCAGCACCGGUUGUCAGCGGUUUUGAUGACGAUGCAUGGACAAAUAGGCCUAGUUCAACGAAGCCAUUGACUCCUGCUAGUCCAGCUGCCGCGGUACGAGCGCCUUCGGCACCACCUCCUACUACUACAGCUACCCCUGCAGCGCCCGCAAACCCUCCUUCUACCUCACAGCCCCCUGUCACAGCUACAUCUACUGGUCAUGGUCUCGCCAAGACAACUGAGUCUGAUAUCUUUGAUCAGCUGUCGCGUUUGAGCGAGUUGAGGAAGAAUACACCUGCACCUCAAUCCACUCCUACACCACCCGCUACUGUUGCAUCUCCCACGAGCUACCGUUCAGGUUUGGGCAUGGGGUCAUCUCCUGCGCCAAUAGGACAACAUCUACAGAAUCAGCAAUCUGGAAUGUUGCCUCAGGUGACACCACCACCUGCACAACCUUACAAUGGUCCUCGAGGUCCAUUUGCUCCUGUCCCUGCUAAUCAUGGCCUGUUGCAACCUCUUAUACCCACACAAACGGGGUUCAAUAGCUUCAUUCCUACACGUUCUACCGGCGCUGCCGUAUCUCCGUUCGGGAAUAACUCCUCAUCACCAUCUUUCUUGACAUCUCAGCCGACGGGAUUCCCUGCCCAGCAGCCACAAAUAAUGUCGCAGCCAACUGGGUUCCCUGUUACUCAGCCUAUGAUGUCGCAGCCGACAGGAUUCCCUGGUGUUCAACAGCCAAAUCAGCCUCAACUCACAGGUAUGCCCUUCGGCGGAUUUAAUGGUGGUAGCCCCUUCUCAAAUGGAGGCAUGGGUACUGUUAUGUCGAAUCCAACAGGUAUGAACCCUGGCUUCGGCCAAUUUGGUAAUGGAAUGUCUUCGCCGCCACCAGUACCUCCACUACCGAAUAACAACAACACGAACAACACCAAUCCAGCCAAUAUUUUCGCGCAAAUGAAAUCCGGUACUUUUGCUCAGGAUAACGAACCGCGAUCUGCAGCCGCAUACGACGCUCUUCGAACAAACCCGAUCCAAGCACAGCCAACUGGCUGGGGCAAUUUUGGAAGUUCUCCAUACGUGGGAUACCAACGGUGACAGUAACUUACGAUUUUGGAUCGAGUGGAUGGAAAUGUGCAUUCUUAGUGAUCGCUAACGUUUUAGUAAUUCGACAAAUAUAUAACAUAUAUUCAGUUUGGACUUGUGAAACCAC